UCAAUGUCACUGAUGUUUGAUGUUUUUUGUAACAAUGAAAAAGCAAUAAUCAGCAUCAUGAUUGAAAAGAGAAUUUGAAUUUUUUUCAACGAUUUUUAUCUCUUUUUUCAUACGUUUUUUGACCAAUCAAAGCAAUAACAAUAAUCAUGAUCACCAUGAUGAUGAUGAUAAAUUUUUCAAUAAUAUUCAUCAUUUUUAUAACAAAUAUUGAUGGAUCAAUAAAUCAAAAUCUUUAUCAUCGUUCAUCGAAUGCACAGAAAAUAACAUUUGGUGCUAUACUACCGAAAACAUCAUUGAUUACAUUACAACGACAAUAUUAUAAGCGCCUUCAAGAUUCCGUAGAAUCAUUAAUGAAAAGUCGUAAUCGUCAUGAGAAAAAAAUUGAACAUCAUCAAAUAAAUGAAAAAUAUAAUUUUACAAAUUAUUAUCAAAUAACACAGGCUCAAGUUGUACCAUUAUCAUUGGAUCCAAAUCCAACUGAAAUUUUAAAUAGUAUUUGUAAUCAAUUAUUAGUUAAAAAUGUAUCAACAAUAUUAUAUAUGACAAAUUCAGAAAUAUGGGGUAGUAAUGCUGGUUCAGCACAAUAUCUAUUACAAUUAACAAGUUAUCUUGGUAUACCGGUUAUUGCAUGGAAUGCUGAUAAUAUUGGCCUGGAUCAGCAACAAAGUGUACAUUCAAGAAUAUUACAAUUAGCACCAUCAAUGGAACAUCAAGCAUCAGCUAUGUUAAGUAUAUUACGUCGUUAUUCAUGGCAUACAUUUUCAAUUAUAACAAGUAAAAUUGGUGGUUAUGAUCAUUUUAUUCGUGCAUUACGUGAUCAAAUAUUAUCAAUAAAUGAUUUUAGUUUUACAAUAUUGGAUAUAAUUACUGUACAAAAAACAAAUCGUGAAGAAAUUAUUGAAGAAUUACGUCCACUUUCAUUUAGUGAAGCAAGAGUUAUAUUAUUAUAUUCAACUAAACGUGAAGCACAGGAUAUAUUUGCUUCGGCUGAUCAUUUAAAUAUGACAACAAAAAAUUAUAUGUGGAUUGUAACACAAAGUGUAUUAGGGCCAAGAGCCGGUUAUGCACCUGGUGAAUUUCCGACCGGUAUUCUAGGUGUACAUUUUAAUACAACACAUGAAAAAUUAUUGGAAGAAAUUGAAUCAGCCGUAACUAUUUUUGGACAUGGACUAGAACUAUUGGUCAAUACUAAUAAUGAAAGUAAUGUAUUGAAUUUAAAUAGUGCCAUUAAUUGUAAUUCAACCGAUAAUAUUAAAUGGAAAACUGGUGAACAUUUAUUUUAUUCUUUACGUAAUGUUACAAUCAAAAGUAAAUCGGGUAAACCAUCAGUAGAAUUUAAUUUGGAUGGAACACUUAAAUAUGUUGAAUUAGAUAUAAUGAAUUUAAAUAAUAUGGCUAUUUGGGAUAAAAUUGGUACAUGGACUGAAGAUGGUAUUGAAAUUAAAGAUAUUACAUGGCCAGAAAAUUCACCAGUACCACCGAUGGGUAUACCGGAAAAAUUUAGCCUAAAAGUAAGCUGGUUAGAGGAACCACCAUUUGUUAAUUUUGUGCCUCCCGAUAAUGAAACCGGAGAAUGUCGUAUGAGUCGUGCAGUACCAUGUAAAUAUUCAAUUAUUAAUACUGCCGAUAUGAAUGGAACAUCUAAUGGUUGUUGUGCCGGUUUCUGUAUUGAUUUAUUACAAAAAUUUGCCAAUGAUUUAAAAUUUACCUAUGAAUUAGUUCGUGUUGAAGAUGGUGCAUGGGGUAUUUUGAAUAAUGGAACAUGGAAUGGUUUAAUAGCCGAAUUACUAAAUCAUAAAGCCGAUAUGGUUGUUACAUCUAUCAAAAUAAAUUCUGAUCGACAAGCAUUUGUUGAUUUUACUGUACCAUUUUUAGAAACUGGUAUUGCUAUUGCUGUUGCAAAACGUACCGGUAUUAUUUCACCGAAAGCAUUUUUAGAACCAUUCGAUGUAAUAUCAUGGAUAAUGAUAUUAUUGGUUAGCAUACAAAUUGCUGCAUUUGCUAUUUUCCUGUUCGAAUGGUUAAGUCCAUCCGGUUAUGAUAUGGCAAUGAGACCACCAAAAGAUCAUAAAUUUUCAUUAUUCCGUACCUAUUGGUUGGUUUGGGCUAUUCUAUUUGGAGCUGCCGUACCUGUAGAUUGUCCAAAAGGUUAUACAGCUAGAUUUAUGGCCAAUACAUGGGCUACAUUUGCCGUUGUAUUUCUUGCCAUUUAUACUGCUAAUUUAGCUGCAUUUAUGAUUACACGUGAAGAAUAUCAUGAUUUUACCGGUAUUGAAGAUAAAAAAUUAGCUAAUCCACAUUUAAGUGAACCACCAUUAAAAUUUGGUACCAUACCAUUUGGUAAUACUGAAGCUGUAUUGAAAUUAAAUAAACCAAAAAUGUAUCAUUAUAUGGCACCAUUUAAUCGUUCAUCAAGUAAAAAUGGUGUUACAGCUGUUAAAAAAGGCGAAUUAGAUGCAUUCAUUUAUGAUGCUGUCGUAUUGGAUUAUCUGGUUGGCGAGGAUAAUGAUUGUGGCCUAUUAACUGUUGGUAGUUGGUAUGCAAUGACUGGAUAUGGUUUUGCUAUGCCAAAAAAUUCAAAAUAUUUGGAAAAAUUUAAUAAAAAAAUGAUUGAAUAUCGUGAAAAUGGUGAUUUAGAACGACUUCGUCGUUAUUGGUUUCAAGGUGCAUGUAAAUCACAGAAAAAUAAACGUAAUAUGAGUAAACCAUUGGAUAUUAAUCAAUUUAUGAGUGCAUUUCUUUUGCUUGGUUGUGGUAUCUUAUUGACCGUUAUAUUAUUGGCACUUGAACAUUUUUAUUUCCGAUAUUGUCGCCGUUAUUUAGCUAAAACUGAAAAAGCUGAUUGUUUUGCAUUAGUUAGCCUUAGUUUAGCCAGAUCAUUAAAAUUAAAUCAAAAAGAUCAGGAUAUUUGUGAUCGUGAAUGGUAUGUAUGUGAUAAUGUUGAAUGUGAACAUAGGCGAAGAAAAACAUUGAAAGAAUUGAAUAUUGCCCGUUAUCGUAUUCGAGAAUUGGAACGAUCAUUCAAUCGACCAUUUAAUGAUCAAAAACUUUUGAAGACAAUCGAUCAACACCACCAUCAUGAUGAUAAUGAUGAUGAUGAUGAUGACGAAGAUGUUGAUAAUCAUAAACAACAUUAAGCCCAUUAAUAAUACCCCAUUGUUGUAUAGAUAAUAAUCAUCAUUGUUUAAAAAUGAUUUUAAUAUAAAUAAAUAUAAUCAAUCCAAUUAUA